AUGACCACAAGCCUUGGUGACGCGUGGACGAGGCGUUCAAUGAUCACCACCUCGCCCCAACUGCGGAACCUCUUCCUGGACAACGUUUGGCAUUCAAUGCCGUCGCCCAUGUCAGUGCCUGGUAUUGUUUCGACAUGCGGCACAUUGCCUUAUCCCCUCUCAAUCCUACCUGAAAGCGCAGCUUCUAUCAUUUCAUUGUCGGCUGCGACUUUGGUAAACCUAAACCUACGAUUCAUCGAGGUUGUUGGGUUUUCGCCUGUGCUUUUGCAUGCAAUACAGAGUGUUACAAACCUCGAAAGGCUUGCGAUCCUGGGACCUCAAUCUUCACACAACGUCAACGAUUUCAUGUCUCUCAAGACCCUCUUAGAAAACACUCCUUCAUUACAGUCCUUAGCCAUCAAAUUUUCAUCAUUGCCGUCCAUGCGUCUACGCCCAGGAUCACUUCCGCGUUUAUCUCAUUUUUACGUAUCUUGCAGCCUCAACAAUCACCGAGCUUGCAUAGACAUUUGUCGCGAAGAAAAAAGGCCAAUCAGCUGUCUUGAGCUUUGCCCCGCAGCAAACCCAAAUUCAACAGCCUCUAUCGCUCUAGGUCUCAUCAAUACGCUGGAAACAUUAUUCAUCAUAUCCAUUCCUAACUUGGUACCGUGUGGCAUCCGUCGCCACGUCUUUCCGAAUUUGCGGGUGUUGAGAAGCGAAUACUGCCAGUCGCCAAUAAUGAAUCUGUAUUGGUUGCGUUGGCCUAUGCUCAAGACUGUCGAGGUCUUAGUCACUUCUUAUAGAUCUGGAAGUAUCUACUGGAGAAAUAUACUACAAGAACAUCAACUUCCAACUUUCCGAAAACAUCCAAAAUUACAACAUAUUGUUUUCACGACUGUUGAAGGUGACCACAUACAAGACUAUUUGGCUGACUCAUUUGCAAGGGUUGGAAUCAUUUGUCACUUCAUGCCUCAAUUAAAUACAAACCAACUUGCAACUCUUCCCGACCGACUCACACUUGGGACAUAG